CCUGGAAAUCUUAUCCAGUGGACUAGUGGAUUUUCCCCUUUUGAGAUGCAAGACGAACUCUUUUCUAAGAACAAGGAAAUAGAAGAAAGAAGAAAGCAAAAUCACAAGCUGCUGCUGUGAGCUUUCAUUCCCUUCCUUCCCUUCCCUGCAUCGAAACGACGGAGUUGUGCUGUACAGAUCCUUCCAGUGCUGUGCUGCUCCAGCCCUGCUCCCUGGGAAAUAGAACAAGGGAAGGAGGGAGAGGAGGAGGCAGCUGAGCCCAGCAGCAGCGAGAAUGUGAAGCCUGAAGAAGCUUCUGCCCACUUUGUUCAGGAAGAAGAAUGGAGCUUCCCAAAGCUCUCAGGUGCCUGAUCCUGCUGCUGAGUUUGUUACCCUGCCUCAGAUGUGUGGAGGCUCUCCUGGGAUCGCAGCCCAGCCAAAACCAUUUGCAGAGUGCAGGGUCCGGCUUGUGUGGCGUUGGGCCCCUCGGGUAUUACAAUGGCUCAUUGGCUGUCACUGAGUCUGGGUCAGAAUGUUUGAAUUGGGCAGAGUUCCCUGAUUAUGUCCAGCAGUACCCAGACCGGGGCUUAGGGAACCACAACUACUGCAGAAAUCCAGACAGGGGAGCCACACCUUGGUGCUUCUACCGGCUUGCUUCUGGAGCAAUUGGCUGGGCCAGUUGUGACUGUAACCAGGGUGCUGUGCGGCUGUCUGAAGGCGGCAGGGUGGAGCUAUACUUCAGCGGACUCUGGGGCACCAUCUGUGCUGACCGUUGGACAGACUGGGAUGCCAGUGUGGUCUGCAGGCAGCUGGGAGUCAGUGAGAUAGGCACAGCUGGGAAGAACAGCCAUGCUGCCUUGGGACCAGUUCCACUCCAUCUGCAGUCGGCAAACUGCCAUGGGGAUGAGAAGGCCCUGCUGCAGUGUGGCUACCAGGAAGCUACAUCCGGAGCCUGUAACCAGGGAAUCGCAGCAGCAGAGUGCGUUCCUCCUGCAGGUGCCGGGGCCCCGCUGCGGCUGGCUGGGGGAAAGGAGAGCUUUGAGGGGCGAGUGGAGGUCUACCAUGACGGCAGGUGGGGCACCAUCUGUGAUGACCAAUGGGACGACCGGGAUGCCGAGGUGGUUUGCAGGCAACUGGGGUUCAGUGGGACUCCAAAGGCCUUGUCGUGGGCUCACUACGGGCAGGGCUCUGGCCCAAUCCUGCUGGAUGAAGUGGAGUGCUCAGGGAACGAGCUGUCACUGGACCAGUGCAAGAAGAAUAACUGGGGACAGCAAAACUGUGAUCACAUUGAGGAUGCGGGAGUGUCCUGUGAUCCCUUCACAGAGGGCACGGUCAGGCUGGCAGGAGGCCGCACCCCCAGCGAAGGGAGAGUGGAGGUUUAUUACAGGGGAGACUGGGGCACGGUGUGUGAUGACGGCUGGACGGCUCUUAGUGCCCAGGUGGUCUGCAGGCAGCUGGGCUUCAGUGGCCCUGCCAGCCUGGCGUCUGAGGGGGAGUACACACCCGGCCAAGGCUUUAUCCUACUGGACGACAUGGCUUGUACAGGCACAGAGUUCUCUUUCCUGGACUGUCCCCACAGCAACUGGGGGCAGCAUGACUGCUCGCAUGCCGAAGAUGUGGGGGUCCGAUGCUCCCCUGAAACCAAUAAGAUCAUCGAAGACACUACUGGGCCCCCUGUGCGGCUGGCAGAUGGAGAGAGCACCAAGGAGGGGCGGGUAGAGGUGUUCCUGAAUGGGCAGUGGGGCAGUGUCUGCGACGAUGGCUGGACAGACAAGGAUGCAGUUGUGGUUUGCAGGCAGCUGGGUUACAGUGGCGCAGCAAAAGCCAGGACGAUGGCGUAUUUUGGGGAGGGGCACGGCCCCAUCCAUCUAGACAACGUGGAGUGCAGUGGCACAGAGCGCACACUGGGGGAAUGUGUCAAACCCGACAAUGAGAUUCACAACUGUUGGCACAGUGAAGAUGCUGGUGUGAUCUGUGACUAUAUGGAAGAGAAGGCCCAGGACACCAGAAACGCAGGCUCAGCAUCUGGCAUGUGUGGGAUGCACUUGCUUCACCGUCGCAAGAAAAGGAUAAUUGGUGGAAACAAGUCCCUCAGAGGUGGUUGGCCAUGGCAGGCCUCACUGCGGCUAAAGGGGUUUCACAGAGACACUCGUCUGCUGUGUGGCGCCACGCUCAUCCACAGCUGCUGGGUCGUGACUGCAGCGCACUGCUUCAAAAGGUUUGGCACUGAUGUGCACCGCUACCUGCUGCGGGUAGGCGAUUACCAUACAGGCGUGAGGGAGGCGUUUGAGAGGGAGAUUCCCGUCGAGAGGAUCAUCCUUCACAGGAACUACCGGUCCAGCAGCAAUGACAAUGAUAUCGCCCUGGUCAGGAUGCGGGGCAGGGGUAGCCACUGCCUCUCCUUCAAUCGCCACGUCCUGCCCAUCUGCCUCCCUGACAGGAAGGAGAAGGCUGCCAUUAACAGGCAGGCCUGCAUUAUCUCUGGCUGGGGAGACACAGGGAAAUCCUAUUCAAGAACAUUGCUCCAGGGCGUGGUGCCCCUUCUCCCAAGAGAAGAUUGUGAGGCUCGUUACGGGGGCAAGUUUACUAACCAUAUGAUCUGUGCUGGAAACCUCUCUGAAGAUAAGCGGGUGGAUAGCUGCCAGGGUGACAGCGGUGGGCCACUCAUGUGUCAGAGGUCAACUGGACACUGGGUCAUUCUGGGGAUCAUUUCCUGGGGUUAUGGGUGUGGCCGGAAGGACUCCCCUGGAGUUUACACUAAGGUCAGCAAGUUUGUGCCCUGGAUCAAGAAAGUGACCAAGCUAUAAUGCAAGUCCCUGAGCUCCGAGAUCUUCAUCAUUUAAUCCCUCUUGCCCCUACAGAAUUAAAACUUUGGCCCACACUUGGAAACUGUAGCUUCCUUCUACCUCCACGGGGGCUGCUGCUUCUGUGUGUACCUGGCAGAGACUUGUUUUGUCCUUGAACACUGAGAAGAGACUUAACCACUGGGGGAAAUAAUUAUGCCUGUCUCUUGGAAGUCUUUGCUCUCAUCGUAGUCCCUAAUCUCUGAAGCAGGGAAGUGGAUAUGAGCUGGCAAGACAGACUGCUCCUGUAGCUAUCAGAAUCCUGUAGAAAAAUCAUACAUGUCCCUCUGCUCCCAGAUGGGGGGAUGGCUCUGUCAGUAUCACCUACAACUUUUGCAUGUUCACGCAUUUUGGACUUGUCUACACUUGGAAUGCUAUAGCAGCACUGUUGCGCCACUUCUGUGUAGACACUACGUACGCUGAUGGAAGGGGUUCUCCCAUCGCCAUAGGAAUCCACCUCCCCAAGAGGCGGUAGCGCUGUCUACACAGGGACAUAGGUCGGCUUAACUACAUCACUUGGAUGUGCAUUUUUCACAGCCCUGAGCAACGUAGUUGAGUCAAUCUAAAGCUCUAGUGUAGACCAGUCCUUUGAUGGCACUGCAGAAGAAGAUGAGAUUCAUGAGAAAUGCCACCAGGCUUUGCUGCAGGGAUCUUUGUAGCAGAUUGCUUGUAGCCACUUCCCAGACCCUACCUCUUGGACAGCAGGACUGGGUUGGGAGGAGCAGGACGAGGAGGCUGCACAUGUUCUCCUCUUCCCCCCCACUCCACCCCCUCAAGAGGUUUUUUUCUCCCUUUUCAUAUCCCCAUGAGGGACUUGCUCUCUUUUGAAUAUGAGCUCCACUCCCUUUUUGUCCCUGGGAACAUCUCUAUCCCUGCUAGGAGAUUCCCGCCUUCCACAUGUGCUCCCCUGACCCCAUAUGCUCCAAAUUCUCUCAGUGUUGUGAGACUCAUGAUAAAAUUGCAAGAGCUGGCAAUGUUUGUUGUUUUUUCUUAAAGCUCCAGCUCCUGGAGUCAGAUGAUCACAUGAGAGUCUGUCCUCAUUUAAAAAAACCCAAAAGUAUCUAGCCAUCAUGGUUGCAAAGGGAAGCUUGAAAAUGUGACCACCAAAGGCUGAAAACCCAGAAGGUAAACAACUUCCCACCCAAUCUAUUGUUAAAGCCACUCUCAAAUGUUUGGGUCAUGAUUUGGCAAUACCUCUAUCUACCUGAGGUAAACCCCCAUACCCUUAGCACCUCACAGUCUUUAGUGUAUUUACCCCUGUGAGGUAGGGAGAGCCUGUAAUCCCCAUGGGGGAAAGAAAACAGAGACUUAGUGAUAGGAAAUCCGUAGCAGACCAGGGACUUGAACUGAUGUCUCCUGCAGCCUAGCCUAGCCUAGCCCAGUCCUUUAUCCACUGGGCUUGUUUUUGCAGCAUGACCCUCUUCAUCCCCCUCAGAAAUCAGAAGGCCAGUUGGUAUAAAUUGAUGUAGCUGUAUUGAAAUAGCUACACACUAUGGAUCUGGCCUAUGGUCUUAUUAUGAAUAGAAUUAAUGUGAUCUUAAGAGAAAAGAUGGGUUGUGAUACUCACCAAGACUCUUCCUUGUUUUCUGUUUCUUCCACCCUGGGGUGGGUGACCAAUGUAAGAAAAUCCUAGGACUUCAUUUAUUUAUUGGAGACAACUUAUGCUUUUUGAGUAAGUGGAAGCAAAUGAAGACAGACAGGAGUUCUAAGUGUACCUGUAGUUCUAGCUGCACACAGCAGAGCCAGGAGCGAGAGGACAAAUUAAAACUACAGAUGGUAAGCAAUAAUACCUGACCAAGGGGUUGAAGAUGGUGCCAAAUAUCCACGCCUUCAGUGUAAUGCUUGAGGAUGGGACCAGUGGUUCUUGUGCUAGCUGUGCAUGCUUUGGGUUCAGUGUCACUUUGGAGGGUAUGCAUUUUCGGGGCUCACAUGCAUGCACCCACUGCCAUUACGCAUGGGAGGGUGUCUGCACACAUUGCAUGUAAAUAUACUACCAGUGUACAAUAGCUGUGCAAGAAUAGGUGACUGACACAGGGCUUACGCACAUAGUGGGUGAAUUAACAAGACAAGUGUCGCUAGUGUUACAGUGCACGAACACUAUGUUACAAUAGUAAACCUCAAGGCACAUAGUGGUGGGGUUCCAGACACGUGUUUUAGGUUUGAUAGGCAGCAACUGUAUACCACAUUUGCCUUAGCUCCACCGAGAGACCUUAGUUUAAAGGGAAUCUACCAGAUUAAAAAUCUAGCAGAUUUCCCCACUUACAUUAAACUGAAUAGUUCUCUCUCACUCUCUCCCCUGUUUGCAUGGUGGUUGGGUUGUGAAUACUAUAGUGGCAGAAUGUUUCAGACAAGUUUCUGCUGGGAUUGUUAAACUGUGUUGGUUGAGGGAUGGGACUUUGUACAGAACUUGACUUUGAGUCAGAUCUGAUUUGUCAGUGCCCCGUUAAGGGCUGAGUGUCUGCAGUGCCAUAUAUAUGAAGUGCAUCCACAGUACUGUAACCAUGUGACUGUACCACCAGGCCUGACCUGUGUAGAAUGGGGUGUGUGACUCCUUGUGGGUUUGCUGUCCCGCAACUGCUGGCAGAAAAUCCCCAUCAGACAGAUCAGCUUGCUUCCUCCCUCAAUUUAAAUGACAUGUUGCAGGGAGGGGAGGCCCUAGGGAAUGCGGGGGUGAAUAUUUCCUAGAAUUCUGGUGUUUACAGUGGAGUGAAUUCUGCCACUGAUUUCCAUAACAGCAGUGACAGUAACUGACUGGGGAGCACACUGUGGCUUGGCUUUACUUGGGGCUGACCAAAGACACUGUUCUCAGCUCAUGUGGAGUUUCUGCUUCUCUAGCUGCUGACACCUGUCCUUUACAGCCUUGCUGAGCUGACCAGCUGUGCCCAGAAUCCCACCAGGCAGAGUUUUUCUUGUGAAGGGAACAAAACUCUCUGUAUUUAGCUGAGCUGGCAGACAGGGUUGAUGCAGGUGACCCACAUAAAAAGUUACCAUUUAACAGACACAGGCCAGUGUCUCCUCUUUGAGCCUACCGCGUUCACAUUGCUGUUUCUCCUGGUCUUCACAGUAACCAUUGAAGUUGUGAGAGGCCUUCAGUAAGUCCCUGGGAUGCUACGUAGGGCAGAAUGAAUGAAGGGGUAUCACUUGUACAUCAUCUCAUUCAUUUUCCACGCUCCUUACCAGUACCCAGAAACAAGUCAAGUCUGUAAAUACUGUUCUUAAUUCUCCUGACCUGCCUGUUUCAGAACAGCUCUCUUGCUAGUUAAUUUGGCGUAUAAUUCCACAUUAAGUCAAUGUACCUUGUCACAGGGGAGUAAUGGAAUGGCCUGGCUGGAUCAGACCAGUGGUCUAGUCCAGUCUCCUGUGUCCAGGAGCAGCCAGUAUCAGAGGCUUCAGAGGAAGGUGCAAGAAACUCUGUGCUGGGCAAUUAGGAAUAACCUCCCCUUAGGGAAGCUUGUGCCUGACCCUUGUACCCAGUUAGUGGGUAGUUUAUGUCUGAAGGGGGUGGUUAUGACUGUUUAAGGAGAGGUAGUGCAAAAGGUUAUAACUUUUUUUUGAAUCCUGGCUAAGGUGACUUUCCCCACUUCCCACGGAAAUGUCUAAUACUUCAUUUAAUUCAGCUAAGCUCUUGACCUCAAUGCAAUGUGCUGGCAAUGCGUUCCACAUAUUAAUUUUGAUGCUACACAAUACGUAAUUUCCUUGUAUUGGUUUAAAAUGUAUGCCUUUCAGUUUCAUUGAAUGGCCCCUGAUCAUGUGUUCUUACUUAUUAGUGUAAAUAGGAGUGCUUGUUUUCUCUAUACCAUCCAUUAUUUUAUGGGUGGCCUCUUCUCUAAACAGUCCCCGUCUUUUCAGUUUGUCUUCAUACAAAACUAUCCAUGUUUCUAGUUUCAGGGUAGCAGUCGUGUUAGUCUGUAUCCUCAAAAAGAACAGGAGUACGUUAGUCUCUAAGGUGCCACAAGUACUCCUGUUCUUUUCAUGUUUCUAGUAACUUUUGUUAUCUGUCUCCUUCAUGCCUUCUGUGUCUGCUAGAUCUUUGAGCUCUAGUAACCAGAACUGAACAGUCCCCCAGGAUAGGCUGUAUCAUCAGUUUAUUUUCUAGUGUACUUUUUAGCUAUGUUAAAACUUUGCCCACUGUUUUGAUGGCUGCUGCGUUUGAGCAGAGCUUUUUGUCAUAGUGGGGCUCAGGUCUCUGCCUCAGUGGCAGUGCUUUUUUCAGAACCCAGGAAAUGGACUUGGACGAUGUGCAUUAGUCAACAUUGAGUUUCAUUGGCCACCGCAUUGCCCACACGCCUAGCUUUGUUAGGUCCCUUUGAAGUCCCGCAUAAACUUCUUCAGUCUUGACUAAUCUACAUAAUUUUGCCUUUUGCAAAUGUUACCAUCUUGCUGUUCACUCCUUUGUCAUAUCCUAAAUAAAUACUGGUCACUGCCCCCAAAACAGCACAUGGAGGGAGGCGGGAAACCUUUUAUUUCCUUUUUGAAAAUGGACCAUUUAUCCCUACUGCUUGCUAUCCAUCAGCUAGUUUCUAAUCUAUGACAACACUCUAGCUUCUCACCCCUUAACUGAUGAGUUGUCUUGAUAGCUUCUUAUUAGUGACUUUGUUAAAGGCUUUUUGAAAGAUUGAACCAUGUCAACCUUAUUCUUCUUCAUCCUCCCUCUUGUGGACAUGGUCAAAGAAUUCUAGUAGAUUAGAGAGGCAGGAAUUUCCACAACAGAAGCUGUGCCCAUUGUUUCCCUAGGAUGUUCAUCCAAGAGUUUAUAUUUGUGUUUUUAAAUGUUCAUUUCAAACAGUUUAAUCAGGUACAGAAGGGAGGCUCAUGGAUCUGUAAUUCCCGGUAGCACUUCAAGCACCUUUUUAAAGUUGGAGCCAUCAGCAGCUUCUCCUUACACAAGUGCUGAAGGGAAUGGCUAAAGGAGUGAAAAAUAUGUCUGUGGGAAGGUUAGGCUUCACCACCAGCAUUAGUCAUCUGGGUUGAAUCCUAAACUUGGGGUAGCGAUGCUGCAUAGGUUAUUUCUCUUUUUGUGAUGGAUACGAAUUCUUGAAGAUCCCUGGCUGACUAAACAGUUUGUUUUUUUUCUGUUUUAUUCCAGUGGUUUAGGUGCCCCUUCUUACCUGCCCCAUGCCUAGUAGAACAAUACCUGUUUUGUCCUGGAAGAUUGGCAGCUGUCCUACAUU